UUGACCCUUUGCACAUGUGAGAGCGUAAUGGAGGGGAAGCAGUGUUGAUCAAAAAUACAAAUAAAAAGUCGGGACUGCCAUCACUUUGAAACUGGAGAAGACAUGAAGAAGAAGCAGACAGUUGUAGAGGAUCUCGAAGAGAUGAAUCCCUCAGACUCCUCAAAUGAAGGGGAGGAAAAUGAGGCUCCCAGUAAAGCCAAAAGGAGCAAACCAGCAGAGGAGGAUGUGGUCUAUCAUCCGGUGAAGCUCUCUCGUAGUGAUCUAUACAGACCUCCCACAGCAGAGGAGCUCAACCAGCUGAAAGAAACAGAAAGCCUGUUUCACUGCAGUCUGAUCAAAAUGCAGAUGGAGGAGCUGCUGAAAGAGGUCUCCCUGUGUGAGCGUAGGAAACAACAAAUAGACUCCUUCAUUCAGGCAGUCACCAAGCUGCUUCAGACUGUACCUGAGUCACCUGAGGUUGAAGUAAGUGACCUGUCAUGGCUGUCUGGAGCAGUUAAGGUCCCAUUCCUCUUGGUGCCCAAAACAACAAAGGGCAAAUUCCACAUGGCACCUCCUGCUUCGAUUGACCUGAUUGGCAGCUACCCUUUGGGCACUUGCACCAAACCACGCAUCAUAGUUGACCUGGCGGUCACAAUCCCACCUGACAUUCUCCACCCAAAGGAUGCCCUGAACCAGAGGUAUCCAAGGAAAAGGGCUCUCUACCUGGCAGGUCUGGCCCAGCACUUGAUGUCCUUCUCUGACAUUGGGACCAUGCGUUAUUCCUGUCUUCAUGGGAACCGUCUCCGCCCUGUUUUGCUGCUGACUCCUCCAGGUAAAGAAACAAACAGCUUCACUGUUCGUGUUCAUGCCUGUCCUCCUCCUGGAUUCUUCAAGCCAAGUCGUUUUCAUCCUCAGAGGAAUAAUAUUCGCACAGAGUGGUACACCGGAUUGCAGACCUCCCUUGCUGGUAAGAGCAGUGAACCUCCCACUCCACAUUACAACAGCUCUGUUCUGGGGGAUUUACUGCCCAGGGCUCACCACCAGUUUCUUUCGGCUGUCAGCUCCCAAUGCUCAGCUUUUGGUGAUGGGGUGGCUUUACUAAAAGUCUGGCUUCGUCAAAGAGAGCUUGACCUGGGCACUGGUGGUUUCAGUGGCUUCCUGGCUUCAAUGCUGUUGAGUUAUCUGCUGACCACUCACAGAAUCAGUAACACCAUGACAGCCUAUCAGCUGCUUCGGAACAGUCUGAACUUCUUGGCAUCAACAGAUCUGACAGUGAAUGGAAUCAGCCUAGCAAAAGAUCCUGACUCCACAGCUCCAUCUCUGUCAGAGUUCCACAGUGCUUUCCAGGUGGUGUUUGUUGACCCUUCCGGUCAUCUCAACAUGUGUGCCGACAUGACUGCUUGUACCUACAAACAGCUGCAGCAUGAAGCUUCUGUGUCGAUGCAGUUCUGGGACGACCCAACAGUGGACGGGUUCCACAGCCUCCUCAUGACCCCGAAACCCAUGAUAGAGACAAGCGACCAUGUCUUCCAGUUAUGUGAGCUGGUGAAGCUUCAGUCCAGCUGUAAGAAGCUGAAUCUUCUCAGUGAGCUGAUGGACCACAGUGGAAACUAUGUCCACACUGCGCUCCCUUUUAUUCUGUUACUUCUUCAGCAAGGCCUAGGCCAAAGGAUCAAGCUUCUUACGCACUCUCUGUCCCCAGAUCCUGAGUGGUCUGUUGAGAAUGAAGCUCCAAAACAUAAAGCCCAGCCUCCCCUCUCCUUUGGUUUGCUUCUAAGACCGGAUUUGGCAGCUUCUGUUCUGGAGAGAGGGCCUCCUGCAGACAGUCCUAAGGCUGCUGAGUUCCGUCAGCUAUGGGGCUCUCGCUCUGAGCUCCGUCGCUUUCAGGACGGUGCCAUCACUGAGGCCGUGCUGUGGGAGGGAGAGAGCACAUGCCAGAAGCGACUGGUUCCCAGACAGAUUAUCACACAUCUGCUGCAGCUACAUGCGGACAUCCCAGAGUCCUGUGUGCGAUAUGUGGGGGCGAUGGUGGAUGACGUCAUCAAAACGGGAAGUGAGGUUCCUACUACUGGAGAGGAGGAGAGUUUACUGGUGGUUCAGUCUUAUGAUGACUUGAGUAGAAAACUAUGGAGGCUGGAGGGUCUGCCUCUCUCCAUCACAGCAGUGCAAGGAGCCCACCAGGCACUUAGAUACACACAGGUCUUUCCUCCUGUGCCACUGAAGCUGGACUACUCCUUCUUUGACAGAGACAAGACUAGCAGAUCAUUAGUGCCAAAGGACGGAAAACCCUGUCCAGCGUACAUCACUCCUAUCACAGUGAUCUGUCACAUGGAAGGAAGCGGGAAGUGGCCACAUGACCGCCUCGCCAUCCGUCAUAUACGAGCUGCUUUUCAUAUCCACCUGGGCGAGUUGCUCAAGAAGCAUCAUAAUUAUACAUGCAGACCUUGCCCCACACACCUGGAUGUUUUGAAGGAUGGUUUGGUGUUCCGCAUCCAGGUGGCAUACCACCGUGAGCCCCAAGUGCUGCGGGAGAGUUUGAAUGCAGAAGGGCUGCUGGUUGUAAGGGACAAUGAGGAGGCUCAGGCGCUGGAGAUGGCCACCAUACAUAAGCCUCUACUUACAAGCACAUUGCACGGGCUCCAGCAGCAGCAUACAUGUUUCGGAGCAGUGUGUCGUCUGGCCAAACGCUGGCUGGGGUCUCAGCUCUUCAGCGAAGACCUAACAGAGGACACAGCAGACCUUUUGGUGGCGUCGCUUUUCCUACAUCCUGCCCCCUUUACGCCUCCAGGUUCUCCUCAGGUCGGCUUCCUUCGCUUCCUUCAUCUGCUCUCUUCCUUUGACUGGAGGAACAACCCGCUGGUUGUCAACCUAAACAACCAGCUCACAGCUGCCGACUACACAGAGAUCAAGAACGACUUCAUGUCCUCAAGGGAGUCUCUGCCCGUCAUGUUUAUAGCUACGCCUAAAGAUAAAAAACUAUCUUUGUGGACCAAGAGAGCGCCAAGUGUGCAGAUGCUGCAGCGCAUGGUGAUGAUGGCUGCAGAGAGUCUGAAGGUACUGGGACAGCAGCUGAUGGACAGCAGCCAAAUAGAAGAUGUCAGGGUGGUGAUGCGUCCUCCUCUAGAUGCCUAUGACGUGUUGAUCCACCUGAACCCAAAGCAGGUCCCCUUGCUCAGCCAAGCAGUGGACCCCCCAACUGUCACCUUCAGCAGGGGCGUCAUGCCUGGCACCGUGUCGGCAUCUGGAGGGGCCCUGCCUGUUAUCGACUACAAUCCUGUGUCCCUUUACCUGUCAGAGCUUAGAGAGGCUUUUGGAGACAUAGCCCUCUUCUUCUGUGAUCCCUUUGGUGGAACAGUUAUCGCGGUUGUGUGGAAGCCAAAAGCCUUCACCCCUGCACCCUUUAAGACGUCACAGGUGUCUGCUCGGACCGUUCAGGUGACCGGGGACGACGCGAAAACCAUUCCUAACGUCGAGGCAAUUUUGGAGGACUUCCAGGUCAUUGGAAAGGGUCUAGUCAAGUCAGUUGAAGCUAGGACUGAGAAAUGGUCGUUUUAGAGGAGUGCAAAUGGGCACGCCCACAGAACACAUUACCAGGUAUUUUACACAGCAGAAGAUACCUUUUGUUUGUUUUUUUGCUCAUCAAGUCAGGAAAUAUGAAACGGAUGAAUUUUGGACAUUUUCUUAACAACUUACUUGUUUAUAAUGUUGCAGUUGAACAAAAGACAUGUUUGUCUAGUGUAACCUGUAUGCUGCAUAAUAAAUGCAUGUCUUCUCUUUGA